AGGGUUGAGUACGAGGUGACCGUAAAUGAGACCAAUCAGUAUUCACUUGCGAGUGUGGCCAGUUUGAGCACACUGGGAUGUUGUGCAGCCAUGUCUUGAGUGUCAUGGAUAUACUUCAUCUGGAGGAAAUCUCUAAGCACCAUAUUGUCGAGCGGUGGACAAAAGACGCAAGAGAUAUACUUCCGAAGCACUUGGUUCAGUACCAGAAAGACAAUUCAGCAAACUUGUCAUUCACAUGCAGAAGCACAAAGCUAUACCUUAAAGCCAUGGAAGUCAUGCGGAUGGGCGAUGCAAGUGUUGCAUCUUUUGAUCACAUGUAUGCUGGUCUCGAAGCUCUGCUAGUGAGUGGAGCACCAUUGGCAGAGAAGAGGGAUGGGUUGGCAUUUGAGGAUCGUUUGGAUGGAACGGUAGGUGGAAGACUGCAAGGCAACAUUGAGAUUGCUUUUGUUGAAGGAGAUGGUGCUGACCAGUGCCAUAGUGGUGGGCAAUCUGUUAGUGUGAAUGCCCUCCAGGGCUUGGAGCUCCAAACAAGCAUAGGGGGGGCGGAAGGCCAGCAAACAACAGGGGGAAGGCACCUUAUGAAGGUCUUAAGUAAACGAACCAGAUCCUGCAGCAUUUGUCGUCGCGAAGGUCAUGAAAAGACCACGUGCCAGAGAGAGGGGUUGUGCCAAAAAAACCCGAGGAAACCUAGGAAAUGCAAGAACUGCGGGAUAGAAGGCCAUCAACGAAAUACAUGCAAGAGGCCACUGGGUGUUGAUGAGAACUGAGCUAUGAAUUUUCAGUUUGUAAUGCGUGUUGUUGUUUAAUCUGGGGAUUUUCUAGUGUGUUUCAGUUGAGCACUGCUCCACACUUGUACCUCAAUCUGCAGGGGCGUGUUUCAUGAUGUAUCUG